UGUGUCUAUAACUGUCAACUGAGGUUACACGUCAGACACAAAUUCAGCUGAACUGUAUGGUUCUUACAUUCACCACUCCCUGCAGACCGAGACUCGCUGCUUUACUUCACAGCUAUGGAGCCAACAACAAUCAGAGAAGGGUACUUGGUGAAGAAGGGGACGGUGCUCAACUCGUGGAAGGUGGUGUGGGUGGUGUUAGCAGACGAUGCCAUUGAGUUUUAUAAGAAGAAGACAGACAACAGUCCGAAGGGAAUGAUCCCUCUGAAGGGUGCGACUCUGACCAGCCCGUGCCAGGAUUUCACUAAAAGAACGCUAGUGUUUAAGAUCAGUACGGCUAAGAACCAGGACCAUUUCUUCCAAGCGACUCACCUGGAGGAGAGGGAGUUUUGGGUUAAAGAUAUCAAGAGAGCCAUCGCUUGUUUACAGGGCGGCAAGAAGUUUGCCAGGAAGUCAACACGCCGAUCCAUUCGGUUGCCAGAAAAUGUUAACCUGAGCGAACUGUAUGUUCUAAUGAAAGAUCAAGACAAAGGAGUGAAAGAGCUGAAGGUGGAGAAGGAUAAAAGGCUGUUCAAUCACUGUUUUUCAGGAAACACAGUGAUCGACUGGCUGAUUUCUGAGGACAAGGCCAGAAACAGACCCGAGGGACUGAUGCUGGCCACCGGACUGCUGAACGAGGGAUUCCUGCAGCCCGCCGGAGACGUGUCCAAAGACGGCGCGGAAAAAGGAGCAGAGUGUGUUUUCCUGGACCAAACCGAGGCUCUUUAUUACUUUGCAGAUAGUGGUUUCUUUUGUGAGGGUUACUCCAGCGAUGAGGACGUGAUCUUGAAGGAGGAGUUCAGAGGGGCAAUAGUCAAACAGGGCUGUUUGCUGAAACAGGGUCACAGGCGAAAGAACUGGAAAGUCAGAAAGUUUAUUCUGAGAGACGAUCCUGCUUAUAUCCACUACUAUGAUCCCACCAAAGGUGAGGACGAUCCUCUCGGCUCCAUUCACCUGCGCGGUUCAGUCGUGACGGCGGUGGAAUACGUGCCUGAUGCCAAGAGACAAGAGGUGGAUGGCAAUCUCUUUGAGAUCAUCACAUCAGAUGAGAUACACUACUAUCUGCAGGCCGCGACAACCGACGAGCGCAAGAACUGGAUCAAAGCCAUUCAGAGCGUCUCAAAGACGGGAAAAUAACUGUAUUAGAUCCAUCCCGUCAUCUGGAGAACAGCAAACUCACUUGUAAAAAACACACAGAGUUAAGGGUGAGGAUGGGUUUUGUCUACGCACCAAAUAUGUCCCCUCUUCAGCAUUUUCUAAAAAUAAAAAUUCCAGUUUGUUGUUUCUUCACCUUCCGCAUCUGUACAAAACAAGAGGCUUUCUAAUAUGUGACACAAUUUCUCAAGUAAAAAAACAAAAAAAAACUCACACUAAGUUAGAGACAGGAUGUGGGCAAAUGUGUUUUAGAAAUGGAUAGUGAAUGGCAUUGAGCUGCCCGUCCAGAACUGUCAACACAGUCGAGAGAAUCUUCAAUGUUCAGCAUUUUCCUGUUUUCAUGUCAAGUAAUAGCACUUCCUGUUUCUUUUCUUGAGUCGGUUGAGAUAUAGAGAUUUGCCCGUCUGAUGGUGAGGUGGCGUAACACGAAACGGUCUCAAAAUAUCACAGCUCUACUCUGCUCACUAGAGCUGGAUAGUAACUGAUUACAUGUAAUCUAGACGUAAUCAGAUUCCAAAAAUUAAGUACUUGUAAUUAGAUUAAAUUACCUUUUAAAAUACUCCGAAUCAGACUACAGUUACGUUUUAUGGAUUACAUGAUUAUAUAUUAUUUACACAAUAGCAGUAAAUUAUUCAUAAUUUAUAAUCUUUCAUAAACUUUUAUUUUUUAUUUUUUUAAUCUACAAUAGCCUACUGCUUAUACACACACUCACAAAGUCUUCCAGUUUUGUGCAGUCAUUUCAGGUUUAAGAAGUGUUUCAACAUUGCAUCAACUACUGAUGAACACGUUCUUAUUUUUAUUUGAAUUAUCACUCUGUAGGUUAUUUUACCAUGUACUUCUAUGUCUUUGGAAGGCUUUUGUCUUUCGGACACAUUAAAAUGCACAAAUUCACAAACAGCUUUGAUCUCUGAUCUGCUUUCACCUAAUAUAUUUACUUGAAUUACCCCUGAUAUUUUUAAAUAAAUAUUUGAAUAAUAAAGUAUCCCAUUUGAAAGUU